AUGGAGGUCACUACCAACAGACCCCCAUUGGACAAAACCAACAUGUAUGGUUCCUUUGUUGGAAAGACAGCCUUCUAUAAAGAUCAACUCUACUUUGAGGUUAAAAAUCAGGAAAAAGAUAUACCUUCCUCGGAGAAGGUGAUCAGUAUUGGUCUGUGUGAGUUAAACUUCUCAGCAGUGGACUUCCUUGGAGAGAAAGCCUCUGUGGGCUACCACAACACUGGGAUAAUUCAAUUUGAAGGUGAAUCUGAGGAGUCAAAGAAAGAUGAGUAUGCCUAUGGGCCCUCAACUGUGAUUGGCUGUGGGGUAGAGGCUACCAAGGGGAAGUCACUCCAGUUUACAGAGGAUGGCAAACUUAUUUCUCAACAAAAGCUGCUUGUGUAUUUCACCAAAAAUGGCAAACGGAUUUACGAGAAGGAGUUGACCCUGCGGUGGGACGGCCUAUUUCCUAGUGUGUGCAUGGUGAAGAAUUACUCAGUCAGAUUAUUGAACUUCUACCCAGAGACCAAGGCUAUCAGGCAACAGCUGCAACUUGAAAAAGAGGAGCGUGAG